UCUGCAAUCAAUAUCCUUUGAAAGUGAAAAGACUGCAAUAGUAUUUGGGUUUAGUGAUGCUCUUCUAUCUCGCGUCACUCAUUUAAAUGUCAGUCUGAGUUGUGUCGGUAGCCAGCCCACUUCGCACCUGCUGUCUGUCUCCCGAAAAAACCCACGUCAGGACACGCAGUACGUGGGGAUUCCUAAGGAUUACCCGGCGUGCCCCGCGGGAAAGAUGGCGGUCGAGAAGGAGAGAAGGAGAUAAACUUUAUCUUGCAACAAAAACAUCAAUAUCACUAUCAGAAAUAGGCAGCGAGAGUCGUUUCUAGCUGAUUAGUGUAUUCUCGGGUGACCUGGCGUCCUCACACUCGGUUACUCGUCGCGGACCGAAAGCAGAAAUCAGUGGUGCUCCGCUAGCAAGUGCUAGCCAGGAAGGGAACUGCGGUGUGUGUGUGGUCAAGAGGAAAAAUAGAGGAUAAAGUUUAUUACCACGGACGAAAAGUGGGGUGCUGUUUUGGAAGCACAUACGGUUAUUACGGAAGUGUGAGGACAAGAAAGCUCUCUGGCGUCGUGUGUCUCGCCUGCCUUGAGUGGAGGAGGACGAGAGGAAGAGUGUGCACAGGGACGUCAGCAGGAUUGGGUUUCCGUGGCGACUGGAGAGACUCAGUGGUGCCCAUGCCUCUGAACCUCACAGCCUCAGCAGCCAAGAAUGCCUUGGGAGUGAAGUCUUGUGGAUGAAGACGCCGUCUGCAGAACAGCUUGGUAUUUGGGACUAACGGACCGAGAGGACCCGACCAGCGUGCCGCAGGAUGACCAGCACGGGUCCCGCCAGGAAGCCCUACCGCAAGGCUCCCCCCCAGCACCGGGAGACGCGCCACAGCACGCCCGUGUUCCGCGAUGACCUCUCCGCCGGACCCCCACCCCCGCUGACCGGUGGCGCCCAGCCCGACCCCCCCCAGGAGUCCUUAUCAGACUCUGACAGGAUCAAGAUCCUGCAGCAGCAGAAUGAGGACCUGCGGAGGCGGCUGACCCAGACCACACACAAGAUGGAGGCCAUGGAGACUGAGUGGGAGGCCAGCCGCCACUACAUGCAGGCCGAGAUGGGACGCACACGCGACGACCUGGACAAGAUGAGGGACAAGUUCCGCAGACUCCAGAACAGCUACACUGCCUCUCAGAGGGCCAACCAGGAGCUGGAGGAGAAACUACACGCUUUGCUGCGCAAAGUGGAGCGGGAUAAGAAGACGAUGGACCAGGAGAUCGUGGAGCUCACCAACAAGCUGCUGGACGCCAAGAACACCAUCGACAAGCUGGAGGAGCUCAAUGAGCGCUAUCGGCAGGAUUGUAAUUUGGCGGUGCAGCUGUUGAAGUGCAACAAGUCUCACUUCCGAAACCACAAGUUUGCCGACUUGCCUUACGAGCUCCAGGAGAUGGUGAACAAGCACAUGAAGAGCUCUCUGCCGGACCAUGUGCAGGGCGGUCAGGGGGCACAGGGUCAGCAGGACUCCGACACUCUCAGCCUGACCCCGGCCGACGUGGUGCCCACUUCCGUCAUCGCCCGCGUGCUGGAGAAGCCCGAGCCGCUCGUGCUGAACUCCGCCCAGUCCAGCAGCGGCGCCGGCCGGCCCGUGGCCGAGGAUGUGUUCGUGCACGUGGACAUGACCGGGCCCGGCGGCGACCGGGGCGAACGCGCCAGCUACGAGAACGGAGGGCCGGGGCACGCAGCAGGGCGCCCCCCGCAGGCGGUCGGCGGGAGCGCAGUGCAGCAGCUGAACGGAUCGUGCCGGAGGCAGGGCAGCCUGGACGGUCCGGCGCCGGGCGGCGCGGAGGAUGCGGGGGGGGUGGCGGCAGCGUUCGAGAAGCUGAAUCCGUACCCGGCGCCCCUCCCCCCUGCCCACGCGCUCUACCCGGGCCGCAAGGUCAUCGAGUUCUCGUCGGACGACAAGGUGAAGAUCCCUAAGAACAGCCCGCUGCCCAACUGCACGUACGCCACGCGGCAGGCCAUCUCCCUCAGCCUGGUGCAGAAUGAAGAGGGGGCAGCCAGCGAACGCCAGCGUCCCUCUCCGGGCAGCCCUGCCGGCUCCGAGGGGGGGUGGCGCUCGGGGGGGUCGUCCUCGCCUGGUGGGGGCAGCAGCGGUCACCCUUCCUCCUCCUCUCACCACCACCAGCGCCACCACCGCGGGCACCAGGCGGGCACCCCUCCGCACGCCGACCCCCCGUCCAGCCAGUCCAGCCCCUUCAGCAGCCCUCCGCAGCCCCCCAGUGCCUUCGCCAGCUCGGCCAGCUCCGAGGAGGACCUGCUGGCCAACUGGCAGCGCAUGUUCGUGGAGAGGAUGGCGCCAGCGUCCGAGGGCACGCUGGUCAACCGCACGGCCUUCAGCAGCGAGACGGCCGCGGCUCUCCAGCACAGCGCCAGCGCUGGACGACCGCACCCCCACGCCCACCCCCAGGCGCUCGGCCCCAUCGUGCCCAGCAGAGGCAGCUCCCGCGGGGCCUACUCGGACGGGGAGGAGGGCUCCUCCACACGGAGCUGGACGGCCAGCCGCGAGUCGAGCCUGGACACGGACACGGGCAGCCUGGCAGACCUCCAGUCCAGGAGGGGGCAGUACGGAGCGGACUUUUCUCAGGAGGAGAGCGAGCGGCUGCUGAUGGGGCUGGACCCGCUGGAGGGGGACGACGGUGGCAGCGGAGACACGGCCGUCACCCUGGAGACCGUCGCCCUGGAGACCGGCCCGCCGAUGAGCGUCACGGGCGAGCGCCAGGACUUCCUGGACGAGGACGAGGAGGCGGGGUCUGUGGGUAGCUCUGGGGAGGAGCGCGAUGUCCUGCCGCAGGACUUCCCCCCGUUGCCCCCGCGCGUACUGGCCGGCCUGGAGGACUACGCUGCCGAGACGCCCCCCCCCUGCCCCCCCCACGCCGGCCUCUCCGUCGGACCCCCUGCACGGCCCCUCAAGAGCCCCAAGAGGAUGGGCGUCCACCACCUGCACCGCAAGGACAGCCUGACCCGCGCACAGGAGCACGGCAACCUCCUGGACUAGCGGCCCCAGGCCCCCCUCGCUCGCUCUCUCUCUCUCUUUCACUCUCUCUCUGUCUCUCUCUCUGUCUCUUUCUCUCUCUCUCUCUCUUUCACUCUCUCU